ACCAUCCCAACGGUCACACUGCAAAAAAUACAAUAAUUUUCUGGGGAGUUUUUGGGGUUUAAGUUUAUUUGGUUCGUAAAACAUGUCACUUGGCAAUGCCGAUCCCUGGCAAUUGAAAAACACAACCGUUGAGCAAGAAAGCAAGGAGACCGCGGAGGAGAGCACCAGAUUCGAGGACAACUUUACCCCACCCACUGACACACAGAGCAACUUGGAAAAGGACGUGAAAAUCGAGCCCCUGCCGGAUUCCAGCGACUAUCUAAAGUUACUAGAGAGGAAGCUGGCCCGGGUGCAAAAGGGUAACAAGCUGCUGGACAACCUACGCGACAAGCGGCAGGAUUGCAUGCGGGGAUUACUCUCAUCAGAGGGAGUGCCCAUUUCCAUAUUCGAGCAGUUCCUCGAGCUAGACGCCCCCAUCGAGAGUGGUCGCCUCCACCGACACCUGCUGCCCGUCCAGGCGUUGAACGUCGGCGAAACUUUCCACAUAUUGGAGCACGACGCACUGCAGCAGUCGGCGGAGGAAGCAGCAGCAGAGGAGGAAGAGGAGGAGGGGGACCAGCCCCCGGCUAAGCACUGA